AUGUCUGAAGCCGCUCCUACAAUACCUUCCACCACUGCAGUCCCCUACCGCCAAAUCAGGGCCCUCUACGACGAAGAGACCAUUACCGUCUACCAGGCCUACUCCCCCGCCAUUGCCAUAGCCGCCGUCGCCGCGCAGCGCCUCGACGCCUCGCCCGACUUCCGCCCCGGCCGCAUGACGUGGGUCAAGCCCAGCUGGGCGUGGAUCAUGUACCGCGCCGGCUACUCUUACAAGGACGCGCGCCAGGCCCGCAUCCUCGCCCUGCGCAUGAAGCACGCCGACUUUCUCGCCCUCCUCCAGCGCGGCGUGCUCUCCCACGGCGGCGCCGGCGCCGAUGCCAAUGCCGGCCCGGCCCGUGAUCGUGCCGCCGAGGUCCGCGUCCAGUGGGACCCGGAGCGCGACCCCGCCCUCCGCCGCCUACCCUACCGCAGCAUCCAGAUUGGCAUCCCCGGCACCCUGAGCACACUUUGGGCCCGCGAGUGGAUCGUGUCCAUCGAGGAUGUUACCGAGACGGCUCGGAGCCUCAAGCGCGCACUUGAUGAGGAUCCUGACCUGUCGCUGCAGGUCCUUGUUGAGCGCGGCCUUGUCCCGCAGGAGAGGCCUUUUCAGGUCCCGGAUACCAUCAUGACCAGGUUAGACAUGACACGGCCAGGGCAGAUUCCUUAG